AUGAAGGAGGAAAAAGGCCGGAGCCAGAAAGCCUCAGGGUGGCAGCCGUGGAGCACGCCCCGGGGAGGCUCGACGCCUUCCACUCUCCCUGUUAAGAAGAGCGAGUCCAAACCCUCCGUCUCUUCUUCUCUUGUCUCCCGCCUCAAAUCCGAAUCGAAACUCACAAAACCCAUCAAAUCCCCGCCCUCUUCUUCCUCUUCUUCAAAGACAACGGCGUGGACGUGUCGAGCAGAUAAGCAGGCGGCGCUGCAGCGGAUUCGCGAGGCACAGAAGCUUUCGGGAAAGGCCAGUGGAGAUUCCGCGUGCAAGAAGAGCGCCGCGAGGCCGUCGCAGUCUGGCGCGGGGAAACGCCCCAAGGCGGGGCGGAAGCGGAGAAGGAAAGGGAAAACUUCUCGGCGGCGGCGAACGACGGCGGCCCAGCGCGCCGCAGGCAGAGCCACGCUGCUUCGCGAGGUUCGCGUCUCCCCGUUGCUGCAGGAAAUUGUCUUAGCAGUCUGCCCGGAGAAGCGGGAGGUGGGGGGCGAGCUCCGCAUGUCUCGCCCGCAAGUCACGCAGUGCAUUUGGAAGUACGCCAAGGCGCAGAACCUGCGACGCGGCGGCGACGGGAAAACCGUCUUCUGCGACGAGCGGUUGAAACGCCUGUUUGCAGGCAGAGAACAGGUGGACCUGUUCCGCGAACUGCAGUCUCUCCUUGUGCCUCACCUCCUCUUCUACGAAGAGGGCGACUACGACGCGGAAACAGGCGACAGAGCCACAGACGAAGAAGAUGGCGAAGAGAAAGAAGAUGGCGAAGAGAAAGAAGACGGCGAAGAGGAAGAAGACGGCGAAGAGGAAGAAGACGGCGAAGAGGAAGAAGACGAAGAAGAGGAAGAAGAAGAGGAAGAUGGCAAAGGGGAACAGGAGGGAGGAGGGGGGACUGACAGGUUUAGCCGCAGAGGUGGGGAGAGAGGAGAGCGAGCGAUGCUUGGAAACGGUGCAGGAAGUGGAGAUUCCUCGAGCUCCUCCAGUGACGAGAGCGGCGACGGUUCGAGCGACGGGUCUUCCGCCGAAAAAAGUGGCAGUACGACUGAGACAGAGAGCGACGAGAAAGAGAGAGUCGGCGAGAGAAGGCGCGACGGCUUCGGAAGAGAAGAAAGGGAAGGCAGAAAUCUGACGGGGGCUGCGAGAAGAAGGCGACUGCUGCGUGGCAGCUCCUCGUCCAGUGAUGAGGAGUCCCCAAAUGAACAGCCUAGCGAAGGCAGACGAUCCAACGUGCCUCCUUCCUCUUCCACUUCCCCAGCUGUCUCGAGCCGGAGACAGGGAGAGACACCGUGCGCGGCGGGACGAAGAGAGCGAGAAGUCCCGACCCUCGGAGGCUGGCCUCGAAUCUUUCGUCGUCCAGAAGAACAAUCGAGCGCGUCUUCCUCUUCUUCCUCUUCUUCUUCCCCCCCGGGUUCUUCUGCGAGUAGUGGGGGGGCGAGCAGAGAGGCGGGUGGCCGCGGCCGCGAGGCGGCUGAGCGUGAAGACGCGGAGGAGAGGAGAAGAAGAAUUCGUCUCGCGGUCUCGGCAGCAGUCUCGGGUGCAACGUCGGCAGACGCAGGCGGCGCAGGUGUCUCGCGCAGAAAUGUGUCCUCGCAGGGCGGCGUGCAGAGACACUUCGCCAUUCCGCCGCUUCCGCCGCGCGCAGGCGCCGCUUCGUCAGAGAGCCGCGACAGGCAGAGAGAGGAAGGGCGCGGAGACAGUCGCUCGAUCUUUGGCGCGAACAACCUCGUGCGCGUCGAAAAUCCCCGCCGGCAAACUUCCGCUGAGGGCGAGGACGGCGAGGUCGGCUGCGACGGGCGAGACAGGCUUGGAGAGAGAAGUGAGAGAACAGACACCGCCAGCGACCGCAGGGAAGACGGUAGGAGCCUGCGAGCAGUCUCACAUGCAGACUCGCAUGCAGCGCAGAGGCGAGCGCGAAGGAGCGUUUCCUCUUCUUCCGAGGAGGCGAGCCUCGAGAGAACCUGCACUGCGAGAAAGCGCCGUAGGUCGGUCGCGGAGGAGUCUUCAGAAGACGAUUGCAGCGGCGAUCGUCUUCGGCAGCUGUUUUCGGAGCGCGUGAAAAAGCAAAGACCGUCCUCCGAGUUGCGAAGGACGGAAAUGCACGCGCCGGAUGCGUGUCUCUAUUCUGGCGGUCUGCCUGCUGCCGCGUAUCCUCAUUCAAACGGAUCGGCCUCGAUCUCCGUCGCCAUCCGGAGCGAAGACUCUGGGGUGUACUUGCACCUCACGGCGAUUGCGCCGAGUUCCGUCUCUCCGUCGUUCGAGGUCAGGCCCUCUCGCCGAGUCGCCGCCGCGUUCGCGGAGGGGAGGCUGAACUUCCAGCUUCAGUACUUUCCUCUCCGAUCUGUGAAGACGAAGGAAGGGACAGAAGACUCGAGAGAAGGCGCAACUGCCAAGUGCGCAGCAGCGCCUCGUGCGGACGCAGAGAAGGACGGCCGGCAGAGAGCGGAGGAGCAGCGCGAGUCCGAGGAGGCGACUUCGAUGCGCUCUUCUUCCGCCUCGCCUUGGGCUCCGUCAAGGGCGCGGGAAAGUGGAGGGAAAGAGGAACCGGCGGACAGAAACGCUGUCGCGGCCAGCGGGGUUCAGUGCCUGCCGGUGGCCGUGGCUCUCGAUCGCGCGCCAGAGACGGGCCGUCUCCGCCUGCGAGGUUCGUGCCGCGUAGGAGGAUUAGACCCUGCGCUCGCGUACCGUUUUACUCUUCAAGCUCUCAAGCGGCGACCGGCUAGAGAAGUCGAAACGCGUGGAACGCCCGCGUCUUCUCGCUCUUCCUCGCCGUCUCCCUCUCCUGGCGCUUCCAGUUCUUCGUCGCCCUCGCCUUCGGUGACUGCCCACGAUUUGGCGGAUGCCGUGCUAAUGCAGAGACUGUCCCCUGCGGUGUGGGGUGUCUCCGAAGUGUCUCUCUUUCUCCAGUCCCUCCUCGUCCCUGGCCUCGCCGCAGCUGGCGAGGCGUGCGGGCUCGACGGCUUGGGUCUCCUGGAGCUGCGCGAGGAAGAUCUUACAGGUCUCGGCGUUCAAGCACCUUUCUUGAGACGGCGGGUGUUGGAGGCGCUGCGCCGGUUGACGGGAGAAGCUGAAGCUGGGAAAGCGACGAGAGGAGACGCAGGAGAAGGACGCCUCGAGACAGCAGAGCACACUGUCAAGAAAGAGACAGAGGCAAGCAGGCGAGAAGAAAGAGAGAGACGCGACUCACGAGGAUAA